ACGAGGUGUACGACAGCAAAGAACAAGAGAGAACGCCAAAGAGUUGGUACACUUCCACUUGCUAUGAGUAUGUUCAGAACGGAAGGAAUGUGCGGCACAGAAGUCGAUCUACUGAAAGAGGUUCAAGGGAGUGAAGGAAAAACGGCGCCGUCAAGUAAUAUGAGGAUUAACAUCUAUUCAGAAGGCGACGUAGUUGCUCUCAAGCACAACUACAAGAAGUAACAGUAUCAUUCCUGGGUUUAAGAUGGCUGGAACAGUCAGAACUAGAAGAUCCUCUUGUAUACCAGAUUGGGCACCGUGAUGAUAGAAAUUCACCUGAGACAGGGUAUCAUGCGGGAAUGUGCAGAUAAUAAAAGAUGGAUACAACUUCUGUUUGAGCCGCCUUGAAGAGCAACGCCUAGUUUCAUUGCUCCAGGGGUCAGUUGAAUCAGAUGAUUCAUCUGAGUCAGGUGGUGACGGAGAGGAAGGGGACAAAGCUCAGGUGGACAACUUUUCUGAAUUAGAUUCAAAGCUGGAACGAGUAGCUCUGGACGUUCAACCAGAUAUGUCCUCUGACAAUCUAGUUAUGAAGCCAGGAAAAGCCAAUAGUGGGCUUGAUGCAGAAAAAGCUGUUAAUCUGUAG